AUGAAAAGGACCCCGCCAGGGUGGAGUCGCCGGAAGAAGGAACCAUUGUGUACGGGCUGUAUUUGGAUGGCGCGAGGUGGGACGCGAAGGAGCGCACCCUCGCGGAGUCGAGGCCAAAGGAGCUGUACGUGGAAAUGCCACUCAUCCAUCUAGAUCCGAAGGUCGAUUAUGUCAACGACCCCAAAGAUUACGUCUGCCCCGUGUACAAGACUCUCGCCCGUGCCGGUACACUGAGCACAACUGGACACUCCACGAACUUUAUUCUUGCCAUUUGCAUUCCCACCAACGUCGAGCCGGGGCAUUGGGUGAAGCGAGGAGUGGCUUGCGUGGUGUCUUUGAACUUUUAG